UCUGUGUCUCAUCCUCACUUUCAGUAAGGAUUUGCCACAAUUGAGAGCCGAAUAACAAUUCAGCUUCUAUGGACUUUCAUGCCAUAUUGGUCAAUUUGGUUUUUGCUGAUUUGCACAAACUUAGCCGCAGCCACUGACUCUGUAACUGAGCACUUUUUUCAUUUUGUAAUGUAGGUGGAAGCUUAAAAAAUGUAACCAGGUCAAACCAGAUUUGUGUAAUGUAAGAGAUAAUAUUUGUUAUUUUCAGCAAGAAUAAAAAUAUUACCAACAUGGGUCAACGCCUGAGUGAAGAGAGUGACCAAGACAAGGAAAUCGAUGUGGCGGAGCUGCAGGAAUGGUACAAAAAAUUUGUUGUGGAAUGCCCAAGUGGAACGCUGUUCAUGCACGAGUUCAAGAGUUUUUUUGGCGUUACUCAUAACAAGGAAGCUGCAGAUUACAUUGAAAACAUGUUUCGAGCAUUUGACAAAAACGGAGACAACACCAUUGAUUUCUUGGAGUAUGUGGCAGCUUUGAACUUAGUCCUUCGAGGAAAACUGGAGCAUAAACUUAAAUGGACAUUCAAAAUGUAUGACAAAGAUGGAAGCGGGUGCAUCGACAAAACAGAGCUUCUAGAAAUUGUGGAGUCUAUUUAUCGGCUGAAGAAAGCCUGCCAUGGAGAGCUGGAUGAAGAAUGUAAUCUGCUGACCCCAGACCAAGUGGUUGACCGGAUAUUUGAGCUGGUUGAUGAAAAUGGGGAUGGGGAGCUCUCACUGGAUGAGUUCAUCGAUGGAGCACGGAGGGACAAGUGGGUGAUGAAGAUGCUGCAGAUGGAUGUGAACCCCGGAGACUGGCUCAAUGAGCGACGCCGUAGUGCGGACUUCUAGGGGGAAGCACAGACCGUCAGUCUGUCAUGCACAAUCCUGAUGUGUAACUAUUCAUAUUGUGAUUUUGUGUAUAUUGCAGUUUAUAUGUAUAUAAAAUAAAACACUGAUACUGUCUGACUGCUAACGUGCUAUAUGCUGUUGUAUCAUAUUUAGAUACAUGUCCACAUCAGUGCUGAGAUUUUCACAAGCUUUCAUUUAUUGCUGCGUAUGAUGAUGUAGGUUUUGUUUGUCUGCCCUUGCUUUAUUUUCUUAUAUGUAAUAAUAUAAGCAAAAAAAGAGUUAUCCAAUAAACAUAUUAAUAAAUCACAAUAAAUGUCAAAUGUGAAUUUCUU